GGUGGGGGCUCUGGGGCCCGCCGCCUGAGGAAGCACCCAGAACCACAGCACAUACGCACAGCCCGAAUCGGCCCAGCGCCAGCCCAAUGGCGGAGGCUCCCAGCCACCCCAGCUCCGAGGAGCAGGAAGAGCUAUUGGCGGAGAAGGAUGCCGGGCUCACCACUCAGCGGAGCGCGGAAGAUGAGGAGGAGGCCGCCCGGGAGCGGCGCCGCCGGGAGAGGGACCGGCAGCUACGGGCCCAAGACAAGGACGGAGGCGGCCAGUCCCCCAAGCUGCCCGAGCAGGAGACCCUCCUCAGCCUGAAGCCCUCAGAGGCUCCAGAACUGGACGAGGAUGAGGGUUUCAGCGACUGGUCCCAGAAGCCGGAGCAGCAACGGCAGCACUGGGGGGCCGGGGAGACCUCCAGCUGCGGGGAGCCCCCUUGGGGCGAGAGUCCGGAGGGGCAGCAGGAGGCGGACAGGUCCCACCAGCAUGCCUGCAGGAGCCAGGAUGGAAAGGAGCAGAGCCCAGCCAGUGUUUGCCUGGAGGCGCUGCGUCUGAGCCCCAGCUCAGAGCUCCAGGAGGGGCCGGCGACAGAGGAGACAGAGCCCAAGAGCCCAGAGGGGACCAUGAAGGGCAGCCUGGGGCCAGCAGAAGCUGAGGAGGCAGAUGAGCAGCACCAGGAACGCCAGCAGCCCAGGACACCCAGCCCCCUGGUCUUGGAGGGCGCUACUGAGCAGGGCUCGCCUCCCCUGAGCCCCAGCACCAAACUCAUCGACAGAACCGAGUCCCUGAACCGCUCCGUCAAGAAGAGUAACAGUGUGAAGAAGUCCCAGCCAGCACUGCCCAUCUCCAAGAUUGAUGAGCGGCUGGAGCAGUACACCCAGGCCAUCGAGACUGCUGGCCGGACCUCCAAGCUAACCCGCCAGCCCUCCAUUGAGCUGCCCAGCAUGGCCGUGGCAAGCACCAAGAGCCGGUGGGAGACAGGAGAGGUGCAGGCUCAGUCCACUGCCAAGGCCCCCUCCUGCAAGGAUAUUGUGGCUGGAGACAUGAGCAAGAAAAGCCUCUGGGAGCAGAAAGGAGGCUCCAAGACAUCAUCGACAGUUAAGAGCACCCCAUCUGGAAAGAGGUACAAGUUCGUGGCCACCGGACAUGGGAAGUAUGAGAAGGUGCUCGUGGACGAGGGCUCGGGGCCCUAGGCAGCCCUUCCUGCUCUCCUGAGACUACGGGUGCCUCUGGCAGCAACCUCCACGCUCGAGGGGGAGAGUCCAGCCUGAUGCCCACCCUGGCCCUGCCAUGGGAGCCACUGCCAUGACCUGCUUGGCCUGCCCGCACCCCUCCAUCAUCCAGCACAAUCGCCACCUCUCUGCUCCUCGACCCCCUUGACCUCUCUCCCCUCCCACUCUCUGACCCCCCACUCUGCCUCUCAUGGCAGGGGCAGGAAAGGGACUGUCACUGGUGAUUGACCCAAGGGGCCACCCCCACAGAGGCCAAGGCUUCCCAAGGAAGGCCCAGGCCGGGCAGAGAGAGAACACCUGCUGGGGAACCUCCAGAUCAAGAGACAGUGAAUCCUGCACCACGUUCUCAGACCCUGCCCCGCCCCCCUCCAACCCCUGCUUGCAGCCUCCUCCUUCUAGUGCAAUAAAGCUCCUCGUAUGUUCCAAA